AUGGCGGCGACGCCGUCGCCGGUACCUCAAGGCGUUGCGCCGGAGGGACCAAAACCUCCAGACUCUACUGCUGGAGUCCGUCGUCCAUCUGAGGUAACCUCGUCCCUGGACGGAAAGAAGGCUCGUGAAACGCAGCACCCAAAGAAAAGGGUUCGGGGAAUCGAUUUAGCGAACGAGAAUGUCAAUAUGGAGGAGGUUGUAGUCGAAGAUAUCACUGAUGAAGAAACCCAAGAGACCCAGAAGCAGGAAUACCCAAACAUCCAGACUCAAAACCCACCAUCCCAAACCCAAAGCCAAACUUCCCCGGUCCCGUCAAUGGCCUGGGGGGUAGGUCGCAAGAAACUCUUUAGUGAAGCGGUCCGUGAAGAAACCUGGUAUGUGGAAGAUUCGGAUUCCGAGGAUGUAGCUGAAGCUAUGAGAGAAGAUGAUGCUGAGGACUCCCCAGUUGAAGAGGAAGACCCGCGAUGCCCUACUAUAUGCUUUACCAAGGGGGAGUGGCGCAGUUACCGUAGAGAAUGGCGCUCGGCUAUCGUCGUGAAGGCCCUUGGCCGGUCGUUCCCGUAUCUAGUGAUAGCGAGAAGGUUCAACUUGCUGUGGGCUAGGAAUGGUCCCAUCCAAGUCACCAAUAUUAGAGCGAAUGGAUUCCUGUUUAUGAGAUUUACCCAUAAGAUCGACUAUGAAUAUGCACUUACUGGAGGCCCCUGGAUGCUUGGAGAUCAUUACUUGACAACACAAAAAUGA